AUGGUUAGACCCAAGGCAAAGCCAAGCAAGGGUCUGGUCCUGAGGCCGGACAUCAUCGCUGGGGGAGAAUGGCUAAGCCUCGAACCACCAUUUGCCUUUGUUUGCUCAUACUGCGCGAGGGCAUUCCCAUCCACGCAGGCGCUGGGAGGGCAUCAAAAUGCUCAUCGGAAAGAAAAGAAAGACAAAAAGAAGCGCCUCGCCAAAGCUAAGAAUGCUCUUCAAGGCAUGUCUAUGAUUUCACCACAACCACUGGGGAUGAUAUACCCAUCACUCCCGUCAUCUUUGGCGCUGCAGAACGGCCCAUUCCUCCCAGUGCACUUCCCUCAGUACCCUCUCAAUCACCACCCUGCAGGGUUCGUGCUGAUGCAACAAGGGCAGCCCAGGAAUCAUAAGGGUAAGGGCAUCAUGAUAUUUCAGGAAGGCAGGAAGAAGCGUGGGCCACGAGGGGAGGCACCGAGGGGACAACCUCACAAGAAUGCUAGGUCGAAUGGACUAGCCAGGCAGUCCUCCUCGAUCGGAAGCAGCAGUGGCUUGAUCAAUGACCUGGACUUGGAGUUGAGGCUGUGA